AGGUCAAACUCAGAGCAAGUAUUUUGAAGGAUAAUCUCUUCCCACAUAUUUCUCCCCUUCCACCUGUCCAGAUUUUUUCUCAUUAACUAACUCAAAUGAAAAGGAAGAUAAAAGCUGCCUGGAACAGAUAGCCCCCAAUCACAAAGGUGCUUAGUUUAUGCAUAAGUCUCAAAUAAGUAUUACAAUAUAACUACAAAUAAACUGAGGCUUUUUUAAUACAACAUAAUACUUGGAUAAUCUUUUAAAUUACUUUCAUUCCAGGAUGUUAGAAUAUAUCACUGAUUAUGACAGCUGAAAAAUGCAAUCUUAUUCUCCACUUUUUUCAGAGGAAACUCAGGUACUGAUUGGUCCCAACUGGAAAGUGGACUCUCAGUGAUUAGAACUUGGAUCUUUUGAUUGUUUUUUUCCAUUAUAACCACACUAUGAAAUGACAUUUCAAAUAAAACUGAAUGAAGUUAAGAUUUAUUGCACUGUGGAAAGUACAGACAAUUUAGAUGCAAAUGCUGUUCUACAAGGUUAACCCUAUAUUGUGAAAGGAUUCACUGUUUGCUCUUUCUGUGUACCUUUUUGGAUUCAUAUUCUCAUAUAGGUAUGGCAGUGAUUUCCAUGGACGUUUUCAAUCUAUGUAAAUACUGAACAAACUGAAGAAUAAUCUUAUGAGAAUUAAGCAUAUCAGGAACAGUUAAGUAUGAGGGAAAUUUUAUAAACCAUAUUAGGAUAAACUGUUUCUGAGUUUCAUUUUUAUUAGGGUCACAAAAUGGCAAUUAAAGUGGCUAACACUCAAAUUAUUUUUAUACAGAUUUCUCUUUCAUAUUUUAACCCAAAGGUGCCAUAUUACUUUUGCAAUGAACAUUUUUUUCCAUUAGGGAAAUAACAUUACCAAUUUGUCUUUUAUCAUUAGCCAUUAUUUAUGCCAUAAGUAGUUUGAAGAUAUUAAUGGAAUAGAAAAAGUAUUUCUGGGCUUCAUUCUUAAGACAAGGAAAAAAAAAUCUCUUAAUGAUAAUUUAAAUUGCCCAGAUAGCUGGGUGUGAUGGUGACCUUAAAGAAAAAGAGUGGAUUAAUGGAUGCCACAGAACAGUCAAGUUUUACCAGUUAAAAGGAAAGAUGAACGAAAUUAAGCCCUAGUGUGCUAGAAGUGUAGGGAAAGUAAAACUGUUUAAUUUUAAAUCUUCAGGAAUGAGUGGCAGAAGCAAGCAAGGUUAAGUUGAGGCUGCUUCCAAGUAACAGAUCAAGAUAGCCUUCGGAUUAGCUGAGAAGGGCUCCUUCGGGAAGGGGCUCAUUCAUUAGUUUAGGCCCUAAACUUUUAAGGUAUCCUCGGUCUUUAGUCGCUCACAGAGACACUUUGCCUCUAGUGUGGGGCCUUGACUGACAAGAGAGCGAGGUGAGAUUCCAGGUGAGCUGUACCGGAAAACGGAAUGUGUCAGGCACGCCCAAGGGACAAGGGAUUCUAGCUAAAGGUGGGAAGCAUGGGAAAGGUAGGCCCUGACUAAGACCAGAAGGCGAGGUGAGAUUCCAGGUGAGCUGUACCGGAAAACGGAAUGUGUCAGGCACGCCCAAGGGACAAGGGAUUCUAGCUAAAGGUGGGAAGCAUGGGAAAGGUAGGCCCUGACUAAGACCAGAAGGCGAGGUGAGAUUCCAGGUGAGCUGUACCGGAAAACGGAAUAACGCGUCAGGCACGCCCAAGGGAUACCAGUUAAAGGUGGGAAGCAUGGGAGGGGAGCGCAUGCGUCUUAAGAGUUGAGGGCGCUUUUCCGAUUCCAGACGCCAGGUUCUCAGAACGUGGGCACACCGUCCUUUUAAGCCCCCACGCGCCGCCUACACAUGGCGAUUGUGACGUCACUCGCCGCCUCCGUCCCCAGUCCCCGGGCGGGGCGGUUGUAGCUCCGCCUCUGUUGGGUUGCGGCCCGCCCCAGUAGGCCUUCUCUCUCGGUCUGCCUUCGCGGCUACUGCCGCGUCCCCUCCCGUGAGGUCACGUGGAAUGGCACAUCGCCGACACGCCCGCUGAAGCGCCUACGACUGUUCCCUGCAAGCCACCGUAGAAGCCCUCGGGCCGCCGCCAGGACGGAAGCCGGGGAGGUUGGAGAGUGACCACGGGCUGCGGCAGCCUCAGCGCCUGCUCUCUGCGCGGGCCCCCAGAUGGCGGCUGCAGCUGCGGCAGCGGCGGCGAUGGCUGAGCAGGAAAGCGCUCGGAAUAGUGCCCGGAACCGUGGCGGGGUCCAGCGGGUGGAAGGCAAGCUCCGCGCUAGUGUCGAGAAGGGCGAAUACUACGAAGCACACCAGAUGUACCGGACCCUGUUCUUCAGGAUCAGAACCACUUCACAGAUUUGGAAUCAGAGAACAUUUCAGAGUAGUCUGCAGCAUUUUCUAUGGAUUGGGUACAUGUCACAAGGCAAACACAUAGAAGCAAGAGAACUAAUGUACUCUGGGGCAUUAUUGUUCUUCAGUCACAGUCAACAAAACAGUGCUGCCGAUCUUUCCAUGCUGGUUUUAGAGUCCUUGGAGAAAUCAGAUGCGAAAGUAACCGAUGAGCUAUUGGAAAAUUUGGCUAAAGUAUUUAGUUUGAUGGAUCCAAAUUCUCCAGAAAGAGUGGCAUUUGUAUCCAGAGCCCUGAAAUGGUCCAGUGGGGGAUCAGGAAAAUUGGGUCAUCCCAAACUACACCAGUUAUUGGCUAUCACGCUAUGGAAAGAACAGAAUUAUUGUGAGUCUCGGUAUCAUUUCCUGCACUCCACAGAUGGAGAAGGAUGUGCGAAUAUGUUAGUAGAAUAUUCUGCCUCUCGAGGAUAUCGAAGUGAGGUGGACAUGUUUGUAGCGCAGGCAGUCUUACAGUUUCUCUGUUUAAAAAAUAAAAGCAGUGCAUCAGUGGUAUUCACAACAUAUACACAGAAGCAUCCUUCAAUACAGAAGGGACCUCCAUUUGUACAGCCCUUGCUCAACUUUAUCUGGUUUCUACUGCUGGCUGUUGAAGGAGGCAAGCUAACCGUAUUUACAGUAUUAUGUGAGCAGUAUCAGCCUUCACUCAAGAGAGAUCCUAUGUACAAUGAGUAUCUUGAUAGAAUAGGACAGCUCUUUUUUGGAGUGCCACCCAAGCAGACGUCAUCCUAUGGAGGCUUAUUAGGGAACCUUUUGAACAGUCUUAUGGGAUCAGGGGAGGAAGAGGAAGCAGAAGAUGGUCAAGAAGACAGCAGUCCUAUUGAACUUGAUUGAAAACCUUUUUCACUAGGAACUGCAUGAAUCAGACAACUUGAUAACUCAAAAAAGACAGUUUCAGAAUAUAUGAGCCCUGAAAUUUUGUUUUUCACAACUAGGAGGGCUCUCCAUUCUGUUAAAAGAAGGUUGCUGAGAUGUUUAUAAUGUUUGGUCUAUAUUAUUUAUGUAAAAAGGGUAGCCAGAAGAACUGAUUGGAGUGAUCGUUAGCAGCCUUUCAGUAUGCUGACCAUUGACUUUUGAUUGAGUUAUAUAGUCAUUUAUGGUUUCGAAUGCAGUAUUCCUUUUCAGAUUAAUACAAAAUAAAGCACAGGCAUUACUGUUACUUUGCCCUUUCAAAAUCAUUUUGUUUCAGUUUCUUAUGGGGGAAAAAAGAACACAUUUAACCUUUGCUGUAACAGAGGAAUGUCUUGAAAGGCAGGGUAGUUUCUACCUUUUUCUCUGAGCCUGGUGCCAAAUGUGUUUCAAAGCAUGCCGAAAGAAAGGGUAUGAUUCAUUAGCUAGAUACAUCAAGCUAAGUAUGUUUUGGAGUGCAGCAAAUUUUUGGAAAACAAUAGACUUGGCUAUCUUAAAUCACAAUGUAACUUGUGCCCAUCAAAACUGACUUUUUUUAACCUUUCAAAUGUGUGUGUUUUGAGUUUUGCUUUAAUUUGAAUGGAUCUUUGUAGGAUGUAGAUUAAGAGGCUGAAUAUAUAAUAGGUCCAUCUUACUGGUUUUAUACAUAACAAAUUCUCAUGUUGUGGAUCUUUCUCUUUCAUCCAUGGGAUUUUGCAGCCUUUGAUGGAGUUGGACAGUGUUAGUUGUGUAUGUGUGUAAAGUGACAGUUGUGUUUAAUAAAGCAAGCCAGCAACCCCUGCCUUUUUCUCUUAAGGACAACCACUUUUGAAAAGUCAUUUAAAGAAAAGGGAUACUGCAGAACUUUUAAUUUCUGUCUUAAUGCAAUAUUUAUUUUUAUUGGGUGAUUGAUUCCUUUAACUUAACAUUUUAGAGAAAAAAGACAUGGAAUUACAGGAAUAACUGCAGACCAGGAAUUAGCAAGUCUACAUUUUAUCACCUAAUGAUGCAGUAUGCCAGAUAUUACCAAUAUAAUUGCAAAAGGGGGUGGGGGGGAAACACUUUAUUUUUUCACAGUUAAAAGAGGUAGAUUAAUACACAGUGAUCAUGCAUGGGGAGGAGGGAAAUACAAUUUUAUUUACUGUAAAAACAAAUGGAAUUUAAAGGAAGGUUUUGUGUUACCUGUUGAGUUUAAAUAAAUACUUUAUACUGGGACUUGAAGCACUGUUGCUUUUUGAAGUAGCUAAAUGGGAAGGUGGGGUGGUGGUUCUCAUUUUAAGCCUUUUUCUCUCCCAACAUGAAAACACCGAAUACUAUUUUCCAUCAAAUUUCCGAUGGGUAGGAGCAAUAGCUAGCCACAUGUUGCCAGGCCUUCUCCAACAUCUUAGCUUAUUUCAGUAAGCUGUAAAUAUACCCUAUGUCUGUAACACAGAUAAGGACUGUUCUCUAUGUAGGUUAGGUGGUGAGACAUUUUUCUUUAUUGAGCACAGAUGGUCCACAGAAAACAUCAAUUCACAUAUGUAUGCAUGUGUGUGUGUGUACACACACACACACACAUGCAUACAUAUUGAUAAUAAGAUUCUAGGAUUUAGAGGAAUGGAUUUUAGAGGCCAUCUCAUCCAACCCACUCUUCUUUUCUUUUUUAAAUUAUUGCCUUCUUUCUUAGAAUCAAUACUGAGUAUCAGUUCCAAGGCAGAAAGUGGUAUGGGUUAGGCAAUUGAGAUUAAGUGGCUUGCUUAGAAUCACACAACUAGGAAGUGUCUGAUGGCAGAUUUACACCCUGAACUUCCCAUCUCCAGACCUGACUCUAUUCAUUGAGCUACUUAACUGACUCUCAACCCACUCAUUUUACAGUUAAAGACUGAGGAUUAGAAAAAAGCAAUUUGUUCCAAGAUAUCAUGGAGAUCGUGAAGUCUAGAUUCGAAUCCAGAUUUUUUUAUUUCAAAUCCAGGGUUCUUUUUAAUAUACCAUAUUGGCAUAUCUGUCUGUCAAUGAUACUUAAAGAAUUUUUUUUUUGUUUCCCCAUUCCUAGGAUAGAACAUCUACACUUAGAAAUCAUCUAGAUAAGUAUAAUUAAAACUUUGGUGUGAUGAAAUGUCAAGACACUUAAGACAGUAGUGUAAGUACUUCCACUUAGUAAAGAACUUUUGAGAAAUGUAAUGUUGUUCUGUGUACUUGCUGUAGAAGUUAAAAUUAUUCCAUCCAACAACUGAGAGAAUCUCCCAGCCUCUCUCUUAAGCUUGUGCUCAUUACUAGUAUCUACAAAGUAUCCCAAAAUUUCCUCAUUGCACUGUGAUUAGGACUCCCAUCAGGUUCUUCAGAGAAUUCAAGGCUUUCAUGAUAUUUUUUUUUUGCUUUGAUAUUUCACUUGACUUUCACCAGAAAAAUUUUUAAAGAUCAAAACCUUUUUUGGCACAAUGUUCAUAAGAUAAUAGUGACUGCAGACUGGCCAUGUAACAAUCAGGCAAUCAUGUAUCUUGUAUCAUUACUAUAGUGUAUUUAAGCAUGUGCAGUAACAAGCCUGUCAAUAAAACCUUUCCAGCCUAUAAAGUGUGUGCAAGUUAGAGAUGUGACAUCAUCCUGUGGGACUCUAUGGAGCGAUUGUACUAAGUGUAAUGUUAGCAUUUUGUUUCUUGCCAUUAAUUCCACUUCUGUACAGAUUUUUUUUCUUCUUAAAUGUUUUCUCAUGUCCCCAAAUAGAUCAUUUGCAGCUGUUGUGGGAAAAAUACUGAGCAUUCUUACAGUCAGAGAAUUCUACUUCAAAGCUCCAGAUCCAGAAAGAUGUAAUAAUUAAUAAAUCAGAAUUUGAAAUUAA